AUUUCAAAGCACGUUUCUAUUAGUCAACAAUCUUUCACCAAAUGGUAUGAACACCAUGGCUGCGUUCAAACUUCACAAAUCUACUAUUAAUCUGAUCGCCCUCUGAAUCUCCUAAACCAAUUCUGUGUUACCAUGGCAAAGAGUGAUUUGAAACUUCUGGGUUCGUUGGGAAGCCCAUUUGUGUUGAAGGCUGCAAUUGCUCUGAACAUCAAAUCCGUUGAUUAUGAGUUUAUUGAGGAUAACCUUGCACCCAAAAGUGAGCUUCUUCUCCAAACCAAUCCUGUGCACAAGAAAAUCCCUGUUCUCAUUCACAAUGACAAACCCAUUUGCGAAUCUCUCGUAAUUGUGCAAUAUAUUGAUGAGGCUUGGUCCUCUGGCUCCCCAAUUCUUCCUUCUGAUCCUUAUGACCGUGCCAUUGCUCGAUUUUGGGCUGCUUAUAUUGAUGAUAAGUGGUUUCCAUCUGUGGGAGGCAUUUUGUAUGCUGGAGGAGAAGAAGAAAGGAAAGCUGUGCUUGCACAAGUGGAAGAAGGUCUAUUGCUAUUGGAGGGUGCGUUUGUGGAUUGCAGCAAAGCAAAGGCCUUCUUUGGAGGAGAUGAGAUUGGGUUUUUGGACAUUGCAUUUGGGUGUUUCUUGGCAUGGCUUAGGGUGAAUGAGAAGGCCAAUGGUGUGAAAUUGCUUGAUGAAACCAAAUUCCCAAAUCUGACAGAUUGGGCUGAGAGGUUUUGUGCUCAUGCUGCUGUGAAGGACGUCAUGCCUGGGACUGACAAGAUCGCUCGGUUUGCUAAGGUUCUUCAAGCCAGGAAGAAAUCUGCUGCUGCUGCUGCUGCUCCAUCAAAGUAGUGAAAUUGUUUGUGAACUUGUGCAACAAUAUAUUGGGCGGAAGUUCCUUUUGAUUUUUGGUGUGUAGAUGUCAGUUAGUUUCUCAUUAUUUACUUGAAUUGGUUUUUCUUAUCUAAAGUGCUCUUUUUUUCCAUUAAUCAGAAUGUCCAAGUGUUUCUGUCCUUGAACAAGGAACAAGGUCUCCCGCUAUUAGCAGGAGACCAAAUUAGUGUAACGUGUCAAAGAACAGUAUUAGUAUUAGAAUGCAGGGAUGAAACAACUUUAACUAAUUGAAAAGAUCUGUGCCUCCUUCUGUUAGGACUGCUUAUGCA